UUUACGUCCGAGAUCAAAACAAUCAUCAUGGCAGGCCAACAGCAAAGCGCCACGAAAACUCUCACGAAAAGCGAGGGAGAGGAGAUUGUUCAGAAGUUCCAGACGUUGAGAAAUGAACAAAGGUCCCUCAUGGCCAAAAUUAGCGAGCUGGAACAAGAUUUGAACGAACACAGUAAGAUAGUAAUUGAAACCCUACAAGACGUUUCUCCAGAUAGGAAGUGCUUCCGAAUGGUAGGGGGAGUACUUGUGGAGAGAACAGUCAAUGAAGUUUUGCCAGCACUCACAAACAAUAGGGACCAGUUAACGAAGGUAAUUGACAGCCUGAAUGAGAAACUGGUAAGCAAGGGCAAGGAAGUGAACGAAUACAAAGAAAAGCAUGGAAUUCGAAUUAGGGGUCAAGAUGACCUGAAAGAAGUGCAGCCACAACAAACUAAUUCAGCGCCGAGCGUGCAGGGCGUUCUCGUUUCUAACAAGUCAUAGUCAAACUCCGCAAGCAUGUGUUGCUAGACUUCAGGACUGCAUUAAAUAAUGAAAAUAUGCAGACGUAAAUUUCACAGUGAACAGCCUUUGCAUCUGGGUUGGUUUCAUUGAUCUUCUACCCUUCGACUUCAGUUACUGAUUGGAGUGACAUGUAUAGCUGUAUGAAUCCCAACUGAAUAUUUUACCCUUUUCCACUUUGGCUCUUCAUUGAAUUCGUGGAAGGCUUUUUCCAACCAAGAGGUAGUAUUUUACUGUUGAACUUCUGACACAUUGUAUGCACUUGCAGUGAAAGAGAUGGUCUCUGAUGAGUAAAAGUAUUUGCUUCCUAAUUGGAAAGCUUAUUGUGUGAUCUACUUACAUACAUUAGAAAGUGGAAGAUUGGGUUUUAUAAGAUGCAGUUUGAAGUUCAGUAUAGGCAAACCCACCAUCACUGCCAUUUGAAAAUGUUUUUCUAUUUAAGCCUCUGCAAAAUGUGACUUUUUCUUUAUAUUACAUGUGAUACUUUGUUUUGCAGUUGUCUGCUUACAGCAAAAAGAGCAUAAUAUUGCUCUUUAAACAUUGCCUUGAAAAGGAAAAUGGUAUCCACAAGUAUUUAAAAAAUAAUCAAUUAGUGUAAUGCAUGAGAUAAGAUGAGCAAUAUUUUUACCCAUUCUGGUUGUCUUC